AAAGUUCAAAGAGUGUAACAAACUUAAAAGGUUGAAAGUGCGAGGACAGAAUGGGGAUUGGAUACAAGUAAAACUUGAAUUGAAAUCUUUAGCACAGAAAGGGAGUAACAGAAGUAAGAGCACCUUCCACCCAGAAAACAGGGUGUGGUUCGUUAUUCAUCAUUCUCCAUUUCUUUGUCCUCUGCAUACACACUCUAUCUCUUUUUUCUGUCAAACAUUGCCGCUGCCAUUCCGUCCGAUUCUACGUUGUUCUCCACGCCGUUGUCCACCGCGCUACGCGAAACAGGAGAAGAAAGACAAUUCUCAGUGUAUCGAGAGGAGCACAAGGACCUGCUCCGUACUAAAGAGGAAGUGUGAGAGUCAGAUGAAAUAAGUUAGAAUAAGUUACUGCAGAAGAUGGCGUCGAGGCAAAUGGAAGAGAUUCGGAAGAAAUUGGCGGACCUAAAUUAUCCUAGAGCGAAUGCUCCUGCACAGUCGCUCCUAUUUGCUGGCAUGGAGCGCUAUGCUCUUCUGGAGUGGCUCUUCUUUCGGCUUUUAGGUGAUAAGUCACCCUUUUCUCAACAAAACUUACAAGGGGAUAGUCCUGAUCGUGAUGAGGAGACAGGUCGAAUUCAGUAUUUGGCAGAGAUUGCCAAAUUUUUGGGUAUUACAACAACUGUAGAUACGGAAGCCAUUCAGGGGCAUGGAAGCUAUGAAGACCGCACUGAAAUGCUUCGUCUUAUUGUAGAUCUAGUGGAGGCAACAAUAUGUGCAGAUAAUCCGGAAUGGAGUGUUGACGAGCAGGUAGCCAAGGACAUUCAAUUGAUAGAUUCUAUUGCAGAAAAACAAGCACAAAUAUUUUCUGAAGAAUGCAAAUUGUUUCCUGCAGAUGUUCAGAUUCAGUCUAUAUAUCCAUUGCCAGAUGUCUCUGAGCUGGAGUCAAAGUUUUCUGAACAAUCAAAAAUAUUGUUGAAUCUUCAACAAAAAGUUGAUGACUUGGCGUCCAAGCAUGCUUACCAUCCAGAUGAGGAGUAUACAGAGGUGGAAGCCCAACUGAGGGCACAUUUGGAGUCUUUCCUAGAAACAGCUAGAACAUUCAAUUUGAUUUACACCAAGGAAAUUCGUCCAUGGACACACAUGAUGGAGGUUCCUCAACUUCAUGGAUUUGGCCCAGCAGCCAAUCGUUUAUUGGAGGCCUAUAAAAUGCUUUUGAAGUUUUUGGGCAACCUACGGAAUCUUAGAGAUUCGCAUGCAGCUCUGGCCUUUGGUUCUUCUGAGACAUCUGACGGGCCUUCUUCUGUCACACGAAUAAUAUCUGAAUGUGAAUCUGCAUUGACAGUCUUAAAUCACGAUCUCGGAAUUCUCUCUGCUUCCAUUGCUCGUGAACAGGGAGAGAAGAUGAACAUUUGAUGAAACAUGAAAAACUAGUUACUAAUCCUUAUUCUUUUGAUUUUGUGAACUUGUGCAUAAUGUUCAUAUUGUUGACAUAACAUUGUUGCAUUAUCCAGACAUAUUUAGAAAUUGCAUGUAAGCAAGGCUUGUAAACACGUUGUAGACUUGACUUGUAAACAUAGAAGAGAAUACUUAAUAAACAAAUCAUUAAAAAA